AUGACACACCCGAAAGUGCCGGACUGGCAGGCGCACUGGCCGAGGAACCAGCCUUACAUCAGGACCUUGAGGGCCUUUGAGGAUGCAGAAGCGCUCUUUCACAACGGUGACAGAGACGGUUGUGUGGAAGCAAUUGGAAAAAUCUUGUGCGACCCAACGAUUCCAUCAUACUUCCACCUCAGGUCUUGCAUACUUUUCAUCACCAUCGAGGAUAACUGGGAGGACGCGGAUUUCUGGAGACGCGAAGCCGAAAACGUUUACAAGGUCAUCUUACGACGUGAAUUUCAGCUCAAGGGCAAAUAUGCGCCCCGUUGGCUCAUGGAUAUACGUGACGAGCUUGACCAGUGGGCUGAGCAGAGACGUCAAGAUCUUAUGAAGUCGGUAUUUGGUGGAGGAGAGGAAGAGGACGACUUUGACUACGAGAUCAAGGAUGAGGAUGGUGAUGAAGACGACUUCGACUACGAGAUCAAGGAUGAGGAUGGUGAUGUAGACGAGGACAUGAAAGACGACAGCGAAGAGAUCCACGUGAAGAUCGAGGGCUUCGAGCAGGGCGAUCGUACCGAGGACAUGGAAGAAGAUGCCCGCAACACUCAGCCGCCGACCACACAUCGUUCUCCGACCCGCGGCCCUAGAACUUCUACGGCAGCAGGUACACCCCUCACAUUCCCCUCACGGUUCUUAGGAUUCGGAGUACGUUCCACUGCGACGUCGCCUGCGCCGAGCAAAGUAGUCAACACACCCACAGGCUCUGUUCCACGAAGCAACCCGUUCGCAGUUUGCGGAAGGGGUGAGCGCAAGCUUUGGUGGUGCUCCAAGUGUCAAUGCCUACACCGGGUCGUUGAGUGA